AUGUCUGGAACUGGAAGAAUUCAGAUUAAAUGGGAUCCAAAGAAUUUGGAAAUUCGUACCAAAUCAGUAGAAAAGACAUUAGAACCAUUAGUCACACAGGUAACUACAUUAGUCAAUCAGAAUGGCCCAUCAAGAAAAAAGAGAGGUCGGUCUAAGAAAGCUCAUGUAUUGAGUGCUGCUGUCCAGAAAGCAACAGAACAUUUUGUAAAUAAUGGUGAACAGAUAGCUGAAGAAUUUCCUGAAGUACAGAAUGAUAUGUUAGAUGCUAUAGAUGAAGUUAGAAGAUCAGGUGAGGAGAUGCAUGAAGCAUCCCAAGAAUUUGCAGCUGAUCCGUGUUCAUCUGUUAAACGUGGUAGUAUGGUACGAGCUGCUAGAGCAUUAUUAUCAGCUGUUACUAGGUUGUUGAUAUUAGCUGAUAUGGUAGAUGUUCAUCUUAUUAUGCAGUCACUGAAUAAUGUUGGAGAUAAUCUAAAUGAUAUCAGAAAUGCUACAAGUCAAGAAGAACUAAUGGAAAGAUUUAAAGAUUUCCAUAAAAGUUUAAAUGAGCUAUCAGAUAGAGCUGCCAAACGACAAGCUGAUUUGAAAGAUCCACGAAGAAGAGAUGAUUUAGCUGCUGCUAGAGCAGUCUUAAAGAAGAACAGUAUGAUGUUAUUAACUACAUCUAAGGCAUAUGUGCGUCAUCCUGAACUAGCUGCUGCUCGUAAUAACAGAGAUUAUGCUUAUAAACAAGUUUGUGAUGCUGUAGAGAAAAUAUCUAACAUCACUCAAGCUACAGGUCAUUCUGAAGCUCAUCCAUUUGAAGGUCCUGGUGAAUUGGCUGCUGCUUUAGAUGAACUUGAUCAAAAGAUAAUUAUGGAUCCAUUGAAUUAUAAUGAAGUGAGGAGUAGAACUGCGUUAGAAGAAAGAUUAGAGAGUAUUAUUAGUGGAGCAGCAUUAAUGGCUGACUCAUCAUGUACAAGAGAUGAGAGACGUGGUCGAAUUGUACAAGAAUGUAAUGCUGUUAGACAGGCUCUACAAGAUUUGCUGACUGAAUAUAUGAGUAAUGCUGGAAGAAAGGAACCAUUAGAAUCACUAGAUACAGCUAUAGAUAAUAUGUGUAAAAAAACACGAGAUCUACGUAGACAGUUACGUAAAGCGGUAGUAGAUCAUGUAUCAGACACGUUUCUAGAGACUAAUGUACCGUUAUUAGUACUAAUAGAAGCUGCUAAAGCAGGUGAUGAGAAAGGUGUAGAAGAAUAUGCUCAAGUAUUUGCUGAACAUGCUAAUAAACUAGUUGAGGUUGCUAAUUUAGCUUGUUCUAUGUCUAACAAUGAAGAAGGAGUUAAAAUGGUGAGAAUGGCUGCUGGUGAAAUAGAUUCAUUGUGUCCACAGGUGAUCAAUGCAGCUAGAGUUUUAGCAGCCAGACCAAGAUCUAAACCAGCACAAGAGAAUAUGGAGAUAUUUAAAGAGACAUGGGAAAAACAAGUCAGAUUAUUAACAGAAGCUGUAGAUGAUAUAACAACUAUACAUGAUUUCUUAGCUGUCUCAGAGAAUCAUAUCCUAGAAGAUGUCAAUAGAUGUGUUAUAGCUUUACAAGAAGCUGAUGCUGAUACUCUUGAUAGAACAGCUGGAGCUAUACGAGGACGUUCAGCUAGAGUUGAUAAUGUUGUCUCUGCUGAAAUGGAUAAUUAUGAACCUGGUUUAUAUACAGAACGUGUCAUGGAGGCCGUCACCAUGUUAAGAGAACAAAUUAUGCCUAAUUUUGCCGAGAAGGUCGAAAAUGCUGUAGAUUCAUUAGCUAGUAAUAAACAGAAAGAUAUAGAUGAGAAUGAGUUUAUAGAAGCUAGUAGAUUAGUCUAUGAUGGUGUUCGAGACAUCAGACAAGCUGUAUUGAUGAACAGAAGUGACAGAGCUUUUAUGAGACAGCUACCAGAAGAAGAAAAAUUGAAGAUUCAAGAAGAAGUUGAAGAGUUCCGAUUAGAAAAGCAGAAGUUAGAUUUUGAAGUGGCUAAAUGGGAUGACAGUGGUAAUGAUAUCAUUGUAUUGGCUAAACAGAUGUGUAUGAUAAUGAUGGAGAUGACAGACUUUACAAGAGGUAGAGGGCCAUUAAAAAGCACCAUGGAUGUUAUUAAUGCUGCUAAGAAGAUUUCGGAAGCUGGAUCUAAAUUAGAUAAAUUAGCUCAAGAAGUUUCUAGCAAGUGUCCAGAUUCACAGUCUAAGAAAGAUUUAGAGUCGUAUAUGCAACGUAUAGCUUUAUAUUGUCAUCAGUUGAAUAUUACUAGUAAAGUUAAAGCUGAUGUACAGAGUGCUAGUGGUGAACUCAUUGUUUCUGGGUUGGAUAGUGCUACAUCAUUGAUUCAUGCUGCUAAGAAUUUAAUGAAUGCUGUAGUAUAUACAGUAAAAGCUUGUUAUGUUGCUUCCACUAAGUAUCCCAAAUCAGGAGUGAAACAUACACCAGUGGUAUUAUGGAAGAUGAAAGCUCCUGCUAAGAAACCCCUAGUUAGAAGAGAAGAUCCUAAUGAGUUAACAGCUAAAGUAAGAAAAGGUGCUGCUAAAGAAAGAAUUGAACCCAUUAAAGCUCUGAGUGAAUUCCAAGAAAUAAAUUCUGAUAGUUUCUGUUAA